AUGGAUGCAGGGAGUGACACAACAUCAACUGUGUUUGAAUGGAUCAUGGCCCACCUUGUGAAGGACCAAACCAUCCAAGAAAAGCUUUAUUCUGAGAUCCAAGAGGUUGUGGGUUCAGAAGAAGAGAUCAAAGAAGAUGAUUUGCAGAAGAUGCCAUAUCUAAAGGCAGUGGUAUUAGAAGGGCUGAGGAUACACCCACCUAGUCACUUUGUGCCGCCACAUACCGUCGAGGAAGAUGUUGUGUUGAAUGGCUACGUCAUCCCCAAGAAAACUAUUGUGAAUUUUAUGGUGGCAGGGAUGGGGAGGGACCCACAAGUUUGGAAAGAUCCUAUGGAGUUUAAGCCCGAGAGGUUCUUGGGUGAAGGGGAAGUAGUGGAUAUCACAGGGAGUAUGGAGAUUAAGAUGAUGCCAUUUAGUGUGGGGAGGAGGAUUUGCCCUGGACUUGGGUUAGGGACAUUGCAUUUGGAGUAUUUUCUAGCAAAUUUUAUCAGAAAUUACAAAUGGGUGGCUGUAGAUGGACAAGACGUUGACAUGUCAAAGACGCAAGAGUUUACAAGGGUGAUGAAAACCUCAUUGCAGGCCCAUGUGUCCCAGAGGGCAAAGUAA